AUGGCUCCCCGAACUGACUUCCCCCCUGUCCGUGCCUGCCUGUUCGACAUGGACGGACUCUUGCUCGACACAGAGGACCGGUACACAUACUGCCAAAACCAAAUCCUAUCCAAGUACAACCGGCCCAGCCUGCCAUGGAGCAUCAAGGCCAAACUGCAGGGCCGCCCGGGGCCCGCCUCGACCAAGCUCUUCCACGACUGGGCGCAGCUGCCCAUCUCCCUCGAAGAGUACAAAGAGGAGUACUACGCCCUGCAGGCGCAGGUAUUCCCCGACACCCAGCCCCUUGCCGGCGUGCCCGGGCUCCUCCGCAACCUCUGCCGCACCCGCUACUGGGACUCUCACGGACAACAGCCCACCACCAACGGCACCAGCAACGUUAGGCCACCGCACAGGGUGCACAUCGCGUUAGCCACCUCCGCCCACGAAUCCAACUUCCGCCUCAAAACCUCCCACCUAGAAUCCCUCUUCAGCGUCUUCGAGCGCCACCGCCGCGUGCUGGGCGACGACCCGCGCAUCCCUCCAGGGCGCGGCAAGCCCAUGCCCGACAUCUACCUUGUCGCAUUGCAAACGAUCAACAAUUCCCUCCCCCCCGGUGAAUCCCCGAUCACACCCGAAGAGUGCCUUGUUUUUGAAGACAGCGUUCCGGGCGUCGAAGCCGGCCGGCGCGCGGGCAUGCGCGUCGUGUGGGUGCCGCAUCCGAUGCUGAAAAAGGAGUACGCGGGCCGCGAGGCGCUGGUGCUUGCGGGGCGGACGGGGGAUGGGGCGGGGAUGGUUGAUGCGCAUCAGCUUGGGGAGGUUGAUGAUGGGUGGGCGGAGUACAUGGAGAGCCUGGUGGACUUUCCGUAUGGAAAGUAUGGGAUUGUCGUACCGCCUAAGGAGGUGGAACGGCAGGACGCCAUGAUGGUGGACGGGGGGAGAAUUGAGGAUGGGGAGGUGGUGCAGGUCGUGGAGAGCAGGCCUGCGUCUCGGUGGGCGGGACGGCUGCGGCCUAGGAGAUCUCCAUCGCCGGGAAGUUCUGGUUUCUGUUGCGUCAAGUUUCGACUGCGGCAUAGGAACCCCAGAAAGUAG